UGCGGAGAGAGGAAAACACGUGUGGAUUCGUGAAGUCAACAGUAGAAACAAGAACUUUAAAUGUGAUUGUAUGUGAUGAAACGGUUUAUGUCCAUCCGAAUGCCGAUCACCAACUCUCACGAUCACAUUUCACAGAAAAAAAGAAAAAAAAUUCAACAGCUUUUUACCCGAAAUGAAGAACAUUUGUGUGAAAAACUCCAACGCUCGAAACUAGGAUUCCUAUAAAUUCGAGUGUUUCAGACGAGAGCUGUUUAGUUAAAGUGCACCGAUCGUUUUGGAGUUUUCAAAUCCAAGUUUCCUUUGGGCCACCUUUUUGUUUCUCGUGAAGUAAAGCAAAGCUAAAAACCAUCCAAAAAUGUGUGACGAUGAUGUUGCUGCUUUAGUCGUUGACAACGGCUCAGGAAUGUGCAAGGCUGGUUUCGCUGGAGAUGAUGCUCCACGUGCCGUCUUCCCCUCAAUUGUCGGUCGCCCACGUCAUCAGGGUGUCAUGGUCGGUAUGGGACAAAAAGACUCAUAUGUCGGUGAUGAAGCCCAAAGCAAACGUGGUAUCCUCACUUUGAAAUACCCAAUUGAACACGGUAUCAUUACCAACUGGGAUGAUAUGGAAAAAAUCUGGCAUCACACCUUCUACAAUGAAUUGCGUGUCGCCCCAGAAGAGCACCCAGUUCUCUUGACCGAAGCCCCAUUGAACCCAAAAGCCAACAGAGAGAAGAUGACUCAAAUCAUGUUUGAAACCUUCAACUCACCAGCCAUGUAUGUUGCCAUCCAAGCUGUUCUCUCCUUGUACGCUUCCGGUCGUACCACCGGUAUCGUCUUGGAUUCAGGUGAUGGUGUCUCACACACAGUCCCAAUCUAUGAAGGUUAUGCCCUUCCCCAUGCCAUCCUCCGUUUGGAUUUGGCUGGUCGUGAUUUGACCGACUACUUGAUGAAAAUCUUGACCGAACGUGGUUACUCAUUCGUCACAACAGCUGAACGUGAAAUCGUUCGUGACAUCAAGGAAAAGUUGUGCUAUGUUGCUUUGGACUUCGAACAAGAAAUGGCCACCGCUGCCGCAUCCACCUCACUCGAAAAGUCAUAUGAAUUGCCUGAUGGACAAGUUAUCACCAUCGGUAAUGAACGUUUCCGUUGCCCAGAAUCACUCUUCCAACCAUCAUUCUUGGGUAUGGAAUCAUGCGGUAUCCACGAAACCGUCUACAACUCAAUCAUGAAGUGCGACGUUGAUAUCCGUAAGGACUUGUAUGCCAACAAUGUCUUGUCAGGUGGUACCACAAUGUACCCAGGUAUUGCUGAUCGUAUGCAAAAGGAAAUGACCGCCCUCGCUCCAUCAACCAUCAAAAUCAAGAUCAUUGCACCACCAGAGCGUAAAUACUCCGUCUGGAUCGGAGGAUCAAUCUUGGCUUCCCUCUCUACCUUCCAACAAAUGUGGAUCUCCAAGGAAGAAUAUGACGAAUCCGGUCCCGGAAUCGUUCACCGCAAGUGCUUCUAAAUCAAUACAAUUUUAUUACCGUUUCUGCACACCCACAACAUCAUCACUUUCUUCUGUUUCUUCUUUCUCUUGCGCAAUUAUUGUUUUGUUAGAAAAAAAAUCUUUUGUUAGUUUUCUUUUUUUAUCAUUCGAAUUAAAUUCGUAUUUUUAUUGUUAAGACUGUUUUAUCAUUUAUUCGUUUUUAUUAAUUAAAAAAGAAAAAGGAAAAUCUUGUUGAAAAAUGUGACCAACUGUCUUAUCAUUAACGAAUAAGAAACAGCCUUGAGCUGAUGCCAUUGUUCGCCUUUUAUGGCCAGCAAACGAUCAGGCGCCGAGGAAAAUGCCCACCUGCAAAACAGACGAUUUUCAUAAUAACAAAACCAACACAUUCGACGGGAGAAAGAAAAAGAAAGAAAGAAAAAUACAAAAACAAAAAUAAAAACUUUUUUCAAUAAAAAAAGAACGAAGGAAAAGUCAUUGAAAACAAUACAAAAAAAAUGAUUUUCUUUGGCGAAAUCUAAAAAUAUCUAAAGGAAAAUUAUUAAUCUUGCUCUGAAUUUUAAAAACUCACUUCGCAUGUUUUUCUUUCUUUCACGGUUUCGUGUGAGUUGCGCAAUAUUUGUGAAGAGGAUGAAAAUGUUUUAACUGCGUGGGUGGGAUUAUUAUUAGUUCAAAAAUUCAUUUGUAACUUUGACUCUCUUCAAUUCUUUUUAUUCGUGAAAAACGGUGGAAAUUCAAACGUUUAUGAUUAAACGAAUUUUUUUUUCACUACUUGAGUAUGUAACUUGAGAAAUUUUUCUUUUUUUCCAACAUUGCGUGAGUUCUUCGUUCCAAAAAUAUCAUCGAGAUUUUCCAUAUGUUUUGAAUCAUAACACGAGCGAUCGUGGCCAAUAAAUGAAAAAAUUAUUUUCUCUCUUCUUCGCAUUCAAAACACCAACUUUUGCUCCAGAUUUUGUUUCCUAUCUGAUUAUUUUUGAUCUCAUGGUUUCAAAUUGAGUUGGUUUAUUUUUGAGACUCGCCACGUUAAUCUUCAAGAUCGCUUCCGUACAAUUUUCUUUUUUUGGAGAUUUAUUCACUGACAUAGAUACACACUCAACCGUCAUAAAAAUCUAGGAAUAAAAUUUCGUCUGAUAAAGUGGGAGGUUGUAAGUUAUCUUCAUGUCAAGUUUAUUUUCGUGUUUUUAAUUUUUCAGAAGAAUGUUGGAAUAAAAGAAUGACAAAAAAUUAUUCAUUGAUAAAAGGCGGAAGUUGAAUUAUUAGCUGAUCUAGAAAUUCUAUUGUAGAAUCGAAAGUUCAUCAGCAUGAUCUUCGUGAAAAAUGUUACAAGUUAAUGUUGCUAAUUAAUUUUCCUUUUUUUAUUCACUAUUUUGCUUAUGUAUGCAAAUUCAUUCAACAUCAGAUUUGUUUAAUAUAAAAGUUAUUCAUGCUUUCAUUGUUUUAGGU